GGCUCUUCCUUUCGAAGUCGUGUCAAAGACGACACAAAUUCUAUCACCAUCAUUAAUCUUGCCUUCUACAGUUCUUUUUAUGUUGCAAGUUUUAACAUCGGAUAAACCUCAUUUAAAAAAGAAUUAUAAAAUUACCGUCCAACAGUCUAAAUAUCUUAUGCAGAAAUCUGCUCUUUUUGAUAAAUUGUCUACUCAAUUUGCUCAACUAGCUUCGAAUACUUCUUUGAAUUCUGAUUCAAUCGAAGAAGCUAAUGGUUUGCCAAUGCUUUGUAUCGAAGCUCCGGUACAUGGCGGUUUAGACAUUGUUGAUGCAUCUUUGGACUGGUUAUAUGCCUCUGCCGACAUAAAAGAUGUUUUAACUUCUUCGCUGGCAUCGAAGAUUAGAACCUAUCAAGAUUUCUUUUCAUUGCUAAACUUCACUACUUUAUUGGAUCUUUAUGAACCAUUUCGUGGUGCUGUGGAUCAAAUCUUGGUAUAUUACUAUUUUGGACUGUCAGUGGAAGAAAGACGUGUUGGCAUCUUGUCUAAUCAUUUGUUUGUUGAGGGAGUAAUCCCCGGAAAUUUUGUAAAAAGACUUGCAGAAUCAGUUAAUGAAGAUGCUGCAAAAGAAAUUUUGAUCUCUUUCUUUAGAGGAAAACAAUUAAAAUCAUUAAAUGAUAUGAAUGAAGAUGAAGUGUGGGAAGAAUUAUCACUCGAUGAUGAUAUGGGUAAUGAAUCUCCAACCAAACGGGCAAAUAUUUUGGAUUGGAUAAAUUCCACAACUACACCAACUCCUCGUCAUGUUUCAUUUUCCGUUCCCAAUACACCUUUGACUGCGUCUUUGGAUCAUGCGGAACCGCCGACUCCAUUAGGGUCUGCAUACUUUCGUUCCUUACCAAAUAUUCAAUUAGGUUCUAUUCCUCAUCCCCCAAAGAGCGUUAAAUUUAAACAGAUGCCGAUAUCAAAUUCAGCUUGUAUUGUACAAAAUGGAUCUUUGCGUGAAAAUCUAAAGUCCGUGAGCGAAACUGGAUUUGUUGAACAGAGAUUAACUGUGCUGACCACACCAAGCACACCAGGCAUGUCAAACUCAUCAAACACUCCGAACACUCCAAGUACUCCAAGCACUCCAAACACACCAAACACACCGGACAAACUAGUUGCAUCACCAACUACACCAUCAACUUUAGUAGUUCCACCAAAUACACCUAGUUUUCUGACGACAGUUUCAACUCGGAAUGGUCUUUUGUCUCCACCCACACUAAACACACCAACAAUACAAGAAAAUCAUGACACAAUUACGAGUCCUCCAUUGGCAAAUUCGCCAAAAGUAAAAACACCUACGACACCUACAAUUGUCAUUAUGGAUUCAGACUUGCAGAUCGAAAAAUUUGCCAAAAAAGAUUAUUCAUUUAUUCGUCGUGAAUUAUUUGAAAAUGCAUUAAACAAGAUGCGUAGACGACCUUUGUAUUUUAAAUAA